AUGCCUCCCAGGCCUCAGAUCCUGUCCCUGCUGCAAUGGCAGGGGGCAGCAGCUCUUUCGAAGCCCACCGCGGCGGCGGCGGCCUCUCCGCUGUCGUUCCUCCUCCCUCAAUUCCAGCAGCAACAAAGCCGCAACGCUCACAUCCUGGCCUCGCUCUCCGAUAACCCGGGCGCCUAUAACAAGAGGAUUAGAAGAGGUCGUGGCCCUGCUUCCGGUAAGGGUAAGACCUCCGGACGUGGUCAUAAGGGUCAGAAGCAGCAUGGUAAAGUGCCCGCCGGGUUUGCGGGUGGUCAGACGCCUGAGAUCGUGGUGCAUGGUGAACGGGGGUUUAAUAAUGUCCACUCCCUCGACCUCGCAACUGUCAACCUCGAGCGUAUCCAGCAAUGGAUCGACCAAGGCCGAAUCGAUCCCGCGCGGCCCAUCACGAUCCGCGAACUGGCUCAAUCGCGGUGCAUCCACCAGCCCAAGGAAGGCGUGAAAGUGCUCAGCAGCGGCACCAUCACCCCCGCGACCGAGUCUACCACCGCCUCCUCCGCCAACACCAACACCCCGAACCCGACCUCCACCUCGUCCUCCCCCUCCGCCCCCGUCCUCAAACAACCCAUCCACCUCGUCGUCUCGCGCGCCUCCGCGUCCGCCAUCUCCGCCGUCGAAGCCGCCGGCGGCUCCGUGACAGCCCGGUUCUACACCCGCACCGCGAUCGCCCGCAUCAUGCGCCGCGAAAUGCACCCGUUCGUGUCGAUGGCGUGGACGGCCGAGUCCGGCGCCGAGGGACUCAACGAGGCCGAGGGCCUCGCGGCCGAAGACAAGCUGACCGAGUCGAAGAUCAUGAAGGAGAUGGGCUUCCGGUACCGACUGCCUGACCCGACCAAGCGUCGCGAUAUCGAGUAUUACCGUGACCCCGCGCACCGGGGGUAUCUGAGCCAUUUGCUGAAGCCGAUGGAGGGACCCAGUUUGUUCUUCCGGUCGCCUGCGGAGCGGAAGUCUUCGGCGGGUGUUAAGAAGGAGAAGGUGCUGCCUGCUAAUCGGGUUUGGUAA